AUGGCGGGCCUCGCUCUUUUCGUCUGGCUUACGCUUUGCUUUGGCGCAGUCAACGCGGCAAUCGCUCAUCUCCCACAGCGUCAAGUCAACAAACCACCAUCGUAUUCAUCGGUACAUUCCCUCGAUCAACAUUACUCCUUCGACCCUCGUGAUGGCUGGGAGGCGGUCAACAUCUCGGACCUAGCUUACAAAUACAAUACCAGCACAGCAAAUCGCCUUCAGGCUGACAAAAUCAAGAGGAACAGCGGCGGUAUCGUCAAGGGGGCGGCCGACAAGGUCUCUGGCAUCUUAAAGACGGUUGAUAAGGUCUUGAAAGCCAUCGGCGAUACAAACUCAGUAGCUAUUACAUGGUACACAGGCCAAGACCUGAAGAACCCUAGUUGCUGGAGCAAUGGCCAUUGGACUCCGUCGGACAAGUCCAUGGUCGGAGCCGUUACCUUAGAGGGCUGGAAAUCAAAACCGGAAUGCCUCAAGUUUGUGCAAAUUUGCAACGGCCCUGAGAAGUGCAUCUUCGUCCGUAUUGUGGACACCUGCGCUGGCUGUGCCAAAGGUUCAAGACACGUAGACCUCACCAAAAAUGCUUUUACACAGCUCGCUAAGCUUGAAGAGGGGAUUUUGACGGUGCAACUACGAAUGGCUACCGAACCAACCAAUGAUGAUUGGUGA